AUGGCGCAAAAGAUUCUUCAGGCAGGCCUCUCGUCAGGGAUGUCGGCCGUCUCAGGCAUUCAUUCAUCGAAACCUGAACCGGUGCCAGCGGAGUAUGAUGGGCUGAAACACCUGAUUCCAGAUAAUGUCACUCCCCAACUUGAUACUCGAUAUACUUUGCGCGGCAAGAACGGCAAUGAUGUCCAGAUCCCCGUCAUCAUCUGGGGAGCAUGGUCUUGGGGAGACACCAGCACCUUCCACUGGUCGGACGAUGAACUUCCUGCAGUCCAGAAGGCAUGGCAAGAGUGCCUCAAGAGAGGUCUCACCUUCGUGGACACCGCCCAGGUAUACGGGAGCGGCAAAAGUGAGAAGAUCCUUGGAGACUUGAUCAACAACCACAGCCAUGGCGUCGACCGCUCACAGAUCAUCGUGCAAACAAAAUGGCUGCCCAUUGUCACUGACGCGGCCACAAACUUGAUUCACCCCGUUGAUGCACCAUACAAGGAGCUUCAUAAUACCCUCGAACGCAUGAACCUCAAGUACAUCGACUGUUAUUUGGUACACGGCCAUGUCCAUGCCAGCUCGAUCAGCCAAGUCGCCAAGGGCCUGGCGAAAUGUGUGGAGGAGGGCCUCACCAAGACCGUGGGAGUGGCAAACUACUCGCCAAAAGACAUGUUGGAGAUGAAGGACGCGCUCGCCGAGUAUGGCAUUCCGCUUGCCACCAAUCAGUGCGAGUAUUCGAUUUUGCGCCGCAUGCCGGAGACUGAAGGCAUGCUCGAAGCGUGCAAGCAGCACAGCAUCGUUUUCCAGUCAUACUCGUCGCUUGCUCAGGGUCGCCUCACGGGGAAGUACACCAAGGCCAACCCACCGCCAAAGGAGUACCGCUUCAGCUCAUACCCCAUGGAGUACAUCGAACCAGUCCUGGAAGUUCAGCGCCGCCUUGCACAGAAGUACAACGUCAGCAUCCCUGCGAUAGCGCUGAAUUGGAAUAUUGUCAAGGGGGCAGUGCCUGUGGUCGGAAUGAGGAAGGAGAGCCAGGCUCUCGAGGACAUGCAAGCAUUGGGGUGGAGAUUGACGCGAGAGGAGGUGGCCGAGUUGGACAAGCAUGGAUUCCAGGGCAAGUUGACGAAGCUUUGGCAGCAGGGAUGA